UUUACAUAUUUUUACUAACUAAUAAAUUUAGAAAAAAACUCCAAAAAAACAGUCUCAUUCUCUAUAACAAAUAUAGUAUCAAAUGGCUGAUAUCGAUCACCUUACAAUUUUUUCAAAAAUAGAAAUACAAAAAAAAAUUGUUAGGCUUGAAUUGUAUGUAUGGCAUGAGAAGUAAGCGUGGCGAAUUAAGGGGUUGUUUGGAUGCGUAUUCUGUGCCAUUCCCUUAAGCGUGGCGAAUUAAGGGAUUUGUUUGUGUUUGUUUGGAAGUUUGGUUUUUGAGUUAUGAUUUGAAUAGUAAGAAUUUUGAAUUUGAAUAGUUAUAUGAUGUGAUAUAAAUAUGUGAUGUUUUGAAUGUAAAAAUAAAAAAUAAGUAUUUGAUUUGAUAUUUUUGGGGAAAAAAUGAGAUGAAUAAUGUAAAUCCAAUCCAAUUAAAACAUAAAAAUAUACUCCCCCAUUGUAAAAAAAAAAAGGAAAAAAAAUGCUUAUUUGAACAGCUACACAGAUUUAAAAGAAAAAAUAAAUAAAUAGAAAUUUUUUUAAGAUAAAAAAAAUAAAAAUUGAAAAAAGAUGAUAUUUUUUAUUGAAAAUAAAUUUAGAUGAUAAUAACAAAAGAAAAGUAAAAAUAAUAAUUUUUUAAGUGUGAAAAAAUAUUUUACUAUAUACUCCCUCUGUUCAAAAGAAUUUGUCGGUAUAAAGUAGAAUAUAAAUGACUAAAUUAUCCUUGCUUUAUGAAUGAUUGAAAAAGCAGAUUAAAUUGAUAAUUAUAACAUGUUUGUGUAAAUAUUGUGAAAAAAUAAGAAUAAUUUUGUUGUAUAAUGAAAAUCACAAUUACUAAAAAAAAAUAAUAUUAGAACAAAUAAAAAUAAGAAAAAAAAAAACAACUCUUUUUGAACGGCCGAAGUAUUACAUAACAUGAAAAGAGAAUUUAAAUCACAAAUAAACACACCUAGAACACUUAUAUCAAGAAAUCACCAUCUUUCUAUUGCCUUGGGGAUUCCUAUUUAUUAGCCAAUUAUCCAUGCAUGCAUCUCUUCUCUCUCUUCUCUUUCCAUUUCUCUCUCAUAUAUAUAUAUAUAUAUAUAUACAUAUGUGUAUUACAAAUAAAAAAAUGGAGCAAAAAGAGGGUCAUAUCUUAGUAAUAUCUUGUCCUCUACUUGGCCAUGUCUCCCCUCUCCUCAAGCUCUCACAAAAAAUCACCAAGUUAGGGGCCAAGGUCACAUUUCUCACCACGAAGGCCGUGCAUGCAAGAAUAGUCGGGCCGACCAACGAUCAUAAUGAGGGGAUUCGGAUCAUUUCAAUCCCAAAUUGCGUAGAGCAUAACGACGAUUGGAAAGACCAAGAGAGGGAGUUUGCGGGCAUCCAAAGAGCAUUGCCCGGUUUCUUGGAAGAUUUGUUGAGUAAGAGCGAUGGUAAGAUCGAUGGAGUGAUAGUUGAUUCACCUCUAGCUUCGGUGUCUCAAAUCGUGAAGAGGUUUGGAGUUAAGGUUGCUAUGUUUUGGGUUAGUUCCGCGGGGAGUUUGGCUUUAGGGCUCAAGAUUCCUCAUCUUAUGGAGUCGAAAGUCAUUGAUAGCGACGGUACUCCAUUGAAGAACGACGCCAUUCCAUUGUUGCCGAACAUGCCGGCCAUGGCAAUGUCCGACCUCAUAUGGCAUUUCCCACACGACAAAAACAUGCAAAAUGCAAUAUUCCAUGCCACCAAGGACAUUGCAAAUCACUUACAAGAUGUAGAUUGGAUUUUGUGCAAUUUUUUCCAAGAACUCGAACCAUCUUUAUCCACCCUGCCAUUGAACACCCUACCAGUUGGUCCAUUUCUUUCUAAUGAAGAAUCAUACGGAAGUCUUUUGUCCGAAGACUCUUCUUGUCUAAAAUGGCUCGACAAACAACCCAAUGAUUCAGUCAUAUAUAUUGCCUUUGGUAGCACUUCGAGGUUCAACCAAACCCAACUCGAUGAGCUGGCACUAGGGCUUGAGCUGACCGGCCGGCCCUUCUUGUGGGCCGCACUGACCGGCAGCGGGACCGGAAAACCGCCCCUUGCUUUUACUAAGGCGUAUACAGAGCGUGUGGCGGGUCGGGCGAAAAUUGUCGGGUGGGCCCCGCAAGAGGCGGUGUUGGCCCACCCGGCGGUCAGGUGCUUCUUAUCGCAUUGUGGGUGGAAUUCGGUUAUCGAGGGUUUGAGCGCGGGCGUGCCGUUGCUCUGCUGGCCGUAUUUUGCGGAUCAAUUGUAUGCGAGGACCUGUAUAUGCGACAAAUGGCGGGUUGGGAUACGGUUGUCGCCGGAUGACGGCGGCGGCGGGCCGGCCGUUAUUUCGAGAUUUGAAGUGGAGAAAAAGGUGGAAGAGGUUAUGUGUGAUAAUGUAGUAAGAAAAAAUGCAUUGAGAAUGAAGGAAAUGGCGGGAAAGAGUGGUACUAAUGGAGGGUCUUCUUUGAAUAAUUUAAAGUAUUUAGUCGAACAAAUGAUACGUUAAGGGUUUGUUUCUUUAGAGGGUCAGAGGUCAAUUUGAAUUUGAGUUUGGUUUUUAUUUAAAUUUUGUUGUUUCUUUUGUGUUUGGAUUUGGGGAGUUUUGAUGUGUAGUAAUUUG